UUUAUAGAGCUAACUUUCCCUGCUCUCCUGAUAGCCAAGCACCCCUUAACUUGCCCUAUUUGAUGCUUGUCUGGCACCCCCUAAUGUUGCAGCCCUGGAUGUGACUGGUCUCCCCCUGCAAGCUAUAGCAGAAUGCAUCAUCGCAGGCAAUCAGUAAAGAGCUGAGUCCCAGCAAGCAAGGGGCUGCCUAUUCCCCAUUCAGCAACCUAUUGCAAUCUGACUGCCCCCCCCCACCCCCCAAAAAAAAAAAAAAAAAACAACACUCACACUUGCACUGAUCACAAGUGAUUUCUGCAUCAAAUUCCAACCCCUGUGCGAUCUCAUCGCUUCUUCUUCUUCUUUUUUUUUCUUUUGCUGGAUUAACUUCAUUUCAGCAGAUCCGUGCUCUGUUUGCUGGUCUCUUGUAUCCAGAGCCCCCCUUGUGCACUCUUGCAGCCCCUCUCCUGUUGUCUACAGCAGUCUAACCUUUCCUGUGUGGUCAUGGGUUGUACAAUGUCCUUCUUAUCCAGGCUGCCCAGAGCUGUGAAGGUUUUGUGAAGUGGAUGUCAGCUGGUGGAUUUAUGUUCCUGGAGGAAUAUUAGACACCCAAGGCAGGAGAAUCGGGGAGGAAGUCCCAUCCAGGAGGAUGCAUGCUCUAUACUGUGUGUCAGCGCUACUGCUCCAGUCCACCCUGCAGCUGGUGUUGUGUGCUAAUAUAUCAGGUGUUGGAAAAAUUGGAAGUUUAAAACCAGGAGGAUCCAUAUCCACACUUAAACAUAUAUGGACAGAAAGUAGCAAGGACUUGUCUAUAAGUCGACUCCUUUCACAGACUUUUCAUGGCAAAGAUAACCAAACCUCCUUGGAUAUGAGAUAUGACACUCCAGAACCGUACACGGAACAAGAGCUGUGGGAAUGGCUGAGGAACUCAACAGACCUGCAAGGACCACGUUCUAGGUCCAAAAGAAGGCCAAUUGUGAAGACGGGCAAGUUCAAGAAAAUGUUCGGAUGGGGGGAUUUCCAUUCCAACAUCAAAACAGUGAAGCUAAAUUUGUUGAUAACUGGGAAAAUUGUAGAUCAUGGCAACGGAACCUUCAGCGUUUACUUCCGACACAAUUCCACUGGUCAGGGGAAUGUAUCUGUCAGCUUGGUCCCACCAACCAAAAUAGUGGAAUUUGACCUAGCCCAGCAAUCGGUGAUCGACGCUAAAGAUUCUAAAUCCUUCAACUGUCGCAUUGAGUAUGAGAAGGUUGACAAGGCCACCAAGAACACUCUUUGCAACUAUGAUCCUUCAAAAACUUGCUAUCAGGAACAAACCCAAAGCCAUGUGUCUUGGUUAUGCUCCAAACCCUUCAAAGUGAUCUGUAUUUAUAUUUCAUUUUAUAGUACAGAUUAUAAACUAGUACAAAAGGUGUGUCCUGAUUAUAACUACCACAGUGAUACACCCUAUUUCCCUUCUGGUUGACAAUAAUAUGUAUGCAAGACUUACCUCUAAGGAAUUAAUAAAAGUACCGGGCUGGAUCCUUAACCCAAGAAAGUCCCAUCAAUUGCCUGGAAUGUGUCUACAAAUGAUUUAACUCUACAUUAAAAAAAAAAUACUUUUAUAUUGGAAAAUUUAUCAGAUGCAAUUUACUAUCCCCAAAUCACUACAUAUUUCAUUUACUAGAUGUAACCCACUGUGGAUAUAAAGCAAAAUACAUAUUGUAAGUGGUCGCUUUUCAAGAUCCUUGUUAAGAGAGAUUUCAUUGUCCAACCCAUAACAUUGAGUGACAAAUCUACAAGGAACCAAAAGGAUUAGCCAUGCUUAAAGCUUUCUUAAUACUUCAUAGUAUGGAGAUGUUACUCUGCUGUGCUAUGCUCCAGUAUACAUGGCUUAUACCUAUCUCUGGGGAUAACUUAGUGGAAAAUAAAAUAUAUUAGGAAAGUAUACUGAGAAAAAACAGAUAAAGUGUGUGAUAAUCGUGGAAAGCUUACAAAGGUUAUUAUCAAGAACCCAACAAAUGCUACUCUAAAAAAAAGGCACAAUAAUGAUAGUGAAUGAUGGGUAUUUGAGCCUGCUCCAGAUAAAGAUGGAUAGCCGUUUAAAAUUUUCAUGCUGGAAGAUGUAAACAUGAGACACUUAAAAGGAAUGCUCCAGCCAGCUGUAGACUCCAGUUUAGCUAUUUUGAUCGUAGAAAGCAAGACUGACGUCAAGACUUAGGACUCCAUGGUUUAACAGUCAGAAAUCUCUUCUUUAACAGUCUGUGAUUGACUGUGCUGAUCCAGAAGAGAAGAGAGUUUUGGCUAUUGUACCAUGCAGAUGUUUGUUGCAGAAUAGCUUUCAUUCAUUUCCAGAGACAGCUUAGCUGGAUCUAAAAGAAGUAUAUUGUUGUGAGGACGACCCCCACAAAACCCUUGAAUUUCCAAAGAUAGGUUAAAUAAAGGCUAGGUUCAUUCAAAACAGAUCAUUCUGUUUUGGUUGCACACUUUGUUCCCUGGUUUCUUUUAUUUUAUGAGGACUCUUAUUGAUACCUCCAAGAAAAUGUGUGGAAAAAAUGUGUAUGAUGGGGCAGACAGUUGGACCUAGAAACCUAGGUAACAUCGCAAUGGGAGUUUUCAUGAUAUAAAAGCAAAUAACUGAACAUAUCACACCUACUACUAGAACAGAAAAAUCAGCCUUUAGAGAACUGACCCUCUGUUUAAAGAAGCAAAAGCCUUCUCGUGGACACCAUGUAAAUUGCAAAUGGUGGAAAUCUUUAUGAAAAUUUAUUGUAUACUUCAAUAUCCUAGUCUACAUUUGUAUGAAUGGUUUGUAUUGUAUAUAGUUUAACCAGUGUUACUUGAGCAGCUUAUUAAUAUAACUAGUAAAUGUUUCUGCUUGUUAUUGGUUCAAUACAAUCAAAGGACUAUGAAGAGUUCAUGUUAAUUGAAUUAGCUGUAAACUUCAUGAAUACAAAACAAAGGACAUGAUUAUGUACAAAGCAUUUAUUCCGCUAAAGUAUUGUUGAAAAGCUGAAAAUAUACCACAUUGAAGUCUGUAUGCAUUUAGAUAUUUUAUUUCUGGAAAAAAAAUUGUAUAUAAAAUAAAAUUACAUAAAGUUGA